AUAACCUUUCAUCAACCAUGGCUAAUUCCUUCACACCCUUCUUCUUCCUCCCCUUACUAUUCAUACUAAUGAUCACUACCACCACGACGGUACUCGAAAACGUCGUCGUUAAAGGCGAUCCGGACCUAACUCUCAUCUCGAAUCUCUGUGGCGCGGAGCACGACGACGUCGGCUCCCUCAGAAAGGAUCAAGCCAGGAUGCUCGCCCGCAAGGCCGUCGAAUACGCGCGGCCCUACCGCCCGUACUGCGGCGGGACACUGGAGGAGCCCUACAUGUACUACACGGUUACAUGUUCAGCCUCGACCUCUCCGGCGGACUGCGCCGCUUGUGUUGCCUAUGCGGCUAACCAGUUGGUGGAGCAGAAUGUGUGCGACGAUCAGUGGGGCGCCCAAAUCACGUUUGCCAGUUGUUUCCUGAGGUUCGAGACGUAUAUAAUACCAGAGUGUCCGACGCCCUGGUGAUAUGUCUGAAAGGGAAAACAGUAUAGAUACGACAAUAUACGCAUAAAUUGAAG